AUGCAAACGAUGCUCAAAGAGCAUGCUGCUGCCAACGGAUACAAGAUUAUCAUACGAUCCUCAGAAAAAAAACUAUCAGAAACCAUCAGCAUCCGCUACAAGUGUCAACGAUCAGGACUCAAACCCAGUAACAGUUCGUGUUCUCGCAAAACCGACUGUCCAUUUGCCUUCACGACUUCCCAGGUUCUUGCUCCAAACGUUCCGAGUCACCUUCAAGCACUAGUCUCCAAUGAAAAUACCCCUCCAGUUGGGAGCUGGAUCAUAAAGAUCAAAAAUCCCACUCACAACCAUGAACCCAUUGGAUCUCCACCUAUGUCGGAUUCAUAUAUCGAGCCAUUGACUGUCAUCAAACAACGCUCUUCUGUGAUAUCGCACCAGUUAUCUCAACUUUCCAAUACUUGUCGCACCGCUGCCAUUGCUGAGAUUGAAGCAGUUAUUGUGAAGUAUCAAAGCCUCGGACCCUCGCCCAUUAAAUCGUCAGCACUCGAAGCUGCGAAAGACCUUCACAUUGGCUCCCCCAUUCAAUUGUUGACACUCCAAACUACAACAGACCCCAUCCUUGGUUGUUCAAACCUUGUCUCAGCCAACCUCACCAACCCCACUACACCAGUUACCACAUCACCAGUUGAAAAAUCCUCCACCCUACCAACAGCACCACGACCACGUCUUUCUUCAACUGUAGCUCAUCCUUUGGAUCCCGCGCCGGUUUCUACUACUCAUCCGGAUCAACCUGAAGUAGUUCGGUAUAAUAAUGUGUCCGAUCGAUCCAUCACCCCAUCUUUACCUGCCCACACCCAGUCGACAGAGAAAGACUUACCUUUGGCUCUCAAGAAGCCACGCAAAAGAGUCAAGAAACCCGCUCAAACAUACUUACCACCACAAACUCAGGCUUUGACUCUCGUUUGUACUUUGGAACCCGCCGCUGUCGCAUCUCCUAUUCCGGCGCAUGAACCACAAGACGCUGAAGCCACUCUUCUCAUCUCACCUACCCUGGAUCCUUUGGUGGAUUACGAAUCGGAGCCUGCUGCUGACAGCGAUUGUUUGGUGAAUGCAACAGCGUACACAAGUCACAUUGCUUUACCUUCACCUGAACUAUUCCCCAUCAUCCACACAGCGAAUGAAGAACUUGUGAUCUACCUUCACAACACCACCGAAAACACCAAACACCCCGAACAGGACUCUUCUAUAGCUGAUCACGAUGAAGGUGACGAAAGCAUUGCGGAUCAUGAUGAAGGCGACGAAAGCUUUCAAUUGGAAUCUUUGCUGCCAAUCGCCGUAGGGCUCUCUCAAAAGGUUGAAAACACGCCACUGUCUAAAACAGGGCAUGUAUCCUCAAUGGAAAUGAAAAAGAAGCGUAAGAUUCCACUUCAAGAUCAAGGGAAGGCCAACAUUCGUAGGUCAACUAGGCACAAUAAAACGGACACCACUUCCAUCUCCGGUCCUUGUAGGUCUGCCCGCACCUGUGUUACCAAAAAAGUGUUCUCCAACCCACGAGCCGAUGGUCAUUGUGGUUAUCGCGCAAUUGCUAUCAGUUUGGGGCGAUCCGAAGAUGACUGGCAUUUAGUGCGAGAAGAACUCAUUGCUGAGCUAGAGGCAAAAGCAGCUUUCUACGAAAAUCACUUCCAUGCACGCAAAAGAGGGGAUGGUGGUAUUGUUGAGCACAUAUCGGUCAUUAGGACUCAAAGGAAUGACGUCUUGGACACCCCUUUGCUUUGGCUCAAUUCGGCUCAGAUGCUGUAUCUCAUUGCAACCACCUACCAGCGGCUGUUCUGCGUCUACGGUCCUGGUAAUCAAACCUUUUCAGCUUUGCCCCUGGACGUACCUGUAAAUGAUAAUCCUCCGAUUUUCUUAUGUUACAAUCAAAAAGGACUUCACUUUCUAUCUCUGUCACUUCUUCUAUCACCCACCCUUCCCAUUCCUAAGCCAUGGGAAGAAUGGUACCAACUUGCCCAACCCCAGGCACUAGGGUGGGCUAAUAACUGA